UAGGUUGGAGGAAAACAGACAGACAAGAGGAAAGAGGGGUGAGGAGGAAAAAAGCUAACGCUGAGAGAAAUCCAGCCUGUCUCGGGCUGUGGCCAUUUUCUUGAAUCAUAAUUUGAUCUGUGGACUCUGAAGCCUGAGAUAGAGAAGUGGGGCAAAAGGAGCACCAGUAUUCGUUCCACCCCCCACCUCCUGUUCGCUUGAGCCAUAGGGAAAGCUUCUCACACACACACACACACACACACACACACACACACACACAGAAAGCAGAACACAAGGCUAGGCCGCAAGUCAUUAGUUCUUGGUGGGCAAGCACUGACAAAAGGUUGGAGGGAGAAGCCCACAUGAGUGCCUGGAGAGCAACCGCAGGAACUAUGAAGAGCUGAGCAGACGGAUGGUCUCCUGCUUUUCUUGAUUUUUUUUUUUUUUGUUUGGGGCGGGGGGAAGCAACACAGAGGAUAUCGUCACCACCUAGCACUUGUGCUACAACAAGCAGCGAAGAGAGCUCACUUCCUUGUGCUGAGGAUCUACUUGUGUUGUGUAUUUUGGACGCGACGGCAGGCAGUCCACGUCGCCUUGUCUGCUGCCACCACUGCAGCUGGCGGUGCCUUGAGGAAGAAGGUCACAACCACAUGAAAAUAAUGUUGUUGUGCGAGCACUGACUUGUUUUGCUUAAUCUGGACUGUCUUCAUUGUGGGUCACAAUGCUGCUGAGAGGAUUACAGCAGAAGAGGAGAGCUGUGUCUGCAGCCUCGCUUGCUGGAAGAGAGAUCUAGAGCGAAAAAGGAAUUUAUUUGCCAGUGAAGUCAGGGACAUUAAUGUUCACUCUGAGGAGAACUGCAAUGUUUCACUCAUUGUUUCCUGUGAAAGGUUCCACGGCUGAAGCGUGACCGACACUGUUCUACCGGGCAGCGUACGAGCAGGCUUCUCUUUAACCAUCUCAGGAACUGGUUUGAAGACAAGGACAAAUAAACAGCACAAAAAAAGAGAAAAGGACAAAGGGAAAAAGAAAAAGGAGGCACUGAGAUCCAAAGGCAUGCAAAACUAAAAGUUGCCACACGUGUGACUAUUUCCAGGUCAUAGUGGAGUGGGAGGAGACAGAACUGCUCUUGUUUUUUCUGCCAAACACGCUCCUCUUCAAUGCUAUAGCCGAUUUUUUAACAUUGACAUUUGCUAGUUUAGCCUCACAACUGUGCUGUUAUAUGCUCUGAAACCAAGAGACUUAAUUAACUAAUGAGAGGACAGGCAAGUGGAAAAGACUGAUUCUCUCCAGGUGAGGGGGAAACACACAAUCUGGACUAUUGAUGUUUAUGUUACCUUGACAGCAACCAGAAAUCUUGGCUGCCUGUCCCAUUUUCUUCUGCGGUGGUUCGGUAACCAAGCGAUGGCCAUGGUGAGCGGGGGCUGGGGAGAUCCCAAUGGGGGCACCAACGGGUUGGGGGACAAGAACUACCUGAGGGGGGACGAGGAGGACGGCUCUCCUCAGGCGGGGGGCAGCGACAUGGAGGCCGGAGACGACGACAAGGCCUGCGUAGUGGACUGUGUGGUGUGUGGGGACAAGUCCAGCGGGAAACACUAUGGCGUCUUCACAUGCGAAGGCUGCAAGAGCUUCUUCAAGAGGAGCGUCAGACGUAACCUUAGCUACACAUGCAGGUCAAACAGGGAGUGUCAGAUUGACCAGCACCACAGAAACCAGUGCCAGUACUGUCGACUGAAGAAGUGUUUCCGUGUUGGCAUGCGCAAAGAAGCAGUUCAACGCGGUCGGAUCCCACCUCAGCCAAGCCUCAGCCCCUCCAUCACGCCCAUCGGCGGAUCCAGUGGCCUUGGUGGCGAGUUCUAUAACAAUAACAACGGAGGAAGCGGUGGAGGUCAGCCUUUGUCAGAGCUCAUUUCCCAGCUGCUGCGAGCCGAACCGUACCCCAACAGUCGGUAUGGACACCAAUACAACCAACAAACCGGUCCAGAUAACGCCAUGGGGAUCGACAACAUCUGUGAACUGGCUGCCAGGCUCCUCUUCAGCACUGUGGAGUGGGCCAGAAACAUCCCUUAUUUCCCUGAGCUGCCUGUGUCAGACCAGGUGGCCCUGCUGAGGCUGAGCUGGAGUGAGCUUUUCAUCCUCAACGCGGCCCAGUCGGCCUUGCCGCUCCACAUGGCUCCCUUGUUGGCCGCUGCCGGCUUCCACUCUUCACCCAUGUCUGCGGAGCGCGUGGUGUCCUUCAUGGACCAGGUGAGGGUGUUCCAGGACCAAGUGGACAAGCUGACCAGGCUGCAGGUGGACUCGGCGGAGUACAGCUGUCUGAAGGCCAUCGCACUGUUCUCUCCAGACGCCUGUGGUCUAACAGACCCAGUCCACGUGGAGUCUCUGCAGGAGAAGGCUCAAGUGGCUCUGACAGAAUACGAGAGGAUGCAGUACCCGAGUCAGCCUCAGCGCUUUGGACGCCUGCUCCUGCGCCUCCCGGCCCUGCGCGCUGUUCCCGCCAACCUCAUUUCGCAGCUCUUUUUUAUGCGCCUGGUAGGAAAGACACCCAUCGAGACGCUGAUCCGUGACAUGCAGCUCUCCGGAAGCUCAAUCAGCUGGCCGUAUGUCCCAGGACAAUAGCCCCCUGACGGACGAGGUCUCCGUCUGGUAUUAGUGACGACAAGGACCCACAGGAAACCACUUGACUCAUCACUUUCCAUCUGUGUGGUUAUGAAACUGCAGUGCCAGCUGGCCGUCAAAUGUACUGUACUGUAACUGCUCUAUUCCCCCUCAUGAAGCAGGCCCUCUGUCUCCAUGCGGGCCUUCAGAGAAGGGAGGAGCCAGUGCCAGGAUGGAUCUGUCUUGUUGCCAGCCCGCUUGUUCUGGCUCCAGGUCUCAGUUCAGAGACCAGCACUUCAUGCUGGGCUCCGAUAUGGCCGCCACAGCCAGUCAUGUCACCACCCACAUGCCAUAGUGACUAAAGACGCUGCAGUUUCAUGUAGAGGGCAGCAGCACCCUGCUACAAAUACAACUAGAGGACAAAACUGUCCUGCCAGUACAAGACAGCAGAACAGUUUUACCCACACUGGGCUCAUUUUCCACGGCUCACAAUUUGUGAUACAGUGACCUUUUUAUCCACACAGCUGAUAACAUUACAAUGCAGUGUCAUGACGAUAACAAAUAUAAGAACAGUCUGAAGAAUCAGGAAGCUGUGGACGUGUGGCGAAGCAAAGUGAAGACAGUAACAGCUUUGCUGUUGAAAACAAAAUAGCUGUCUGAGCUCAGCAAUGAGCAACAAGCCAAGGAACUGAACGAACAGGACAGAAAGAAAAAUAAAACCAAGGAAAAAUCACCAAAGUCUAUCAUAUCAUCUUCAGAGAUGGUUUUUAAAUGAAAUAAUUAGUACCGAAAUCAGAGAGAAAGAGAUGAAUGGACUCUUGUGACUGCCUGAUCAUCAAGUAAACAAAGCAUUUACAUUCAUUCACAGGGCUCACUGUUGCUAUAGUUGAUUAAAAAAAGAGUUACAUGAGAAUGGACUAAUACCUCACUAGACAUCAGAAUGCUUUAGUCUGAUAUUUCCUAAACACAAACCUCUGUACAUGUUGUUCACCAGAAACCGCCUUCUUUUUGACAACUGCCUUGUUAUUCAGUAUGGAUUUUGGACACCUAUGAAAUAUAAAAUGAGUCUUCUGAGUGUCACAAACAUUUGUCUUGUAUCUUUUUGAAACAGGUCCCCAAAGUGAUUUUCACUUGUGUUUUGAAUAUGAAUUUUGACUGACUGAAUAAUUCAGCUAUUAAGCAUUGUUUGGCUCAAGCUUUUUACUUUAAUUUUUUUUUUUUUUUCAAUGAAUGGCAGGCUUACAUCAACACAGGCUUUAGUAAAACAAACAACUCAAGCCAAUAAGAAUUAACUUGGCAAAUACAGCUGGUGAUGAGGGAGUUUAUAACCAACACUACCAAUUAAAUGCCAGUUUAUGCUGAUCAGUGCUGGGAGUAACGAUCCAUUGGAGGUGUACUGAAUUGUAUAUAUAUAUUGAGGCCAACUUUGUCUUUUUGCAUGUUCUGACGUUGUUUUUGAUCUCUGUUGAGUUGAGAUUGUUUCACUCUUUUUACAUUAUGUACUUCAAAGUUCAUUUAAACAUAAAAGUAUUGCUUUCACUGUUAGCUCCUAAAUGUUUUUGUUCCUCUAUGUAUUUACUUGAAAAUACCUCUGUCAUCUGUUGGGAUGUCAAAAAAAGAAGUUUAUUUUCAUGCCAUUAUGACAUAGAGACAUUCAUGCUCUCAUCCCUAAGCACCUGAGUGAGUCUCUGCUGUUGUGAACAAUGUGAUAUGAUACUGUAAUGGAUGAAAAUCUGGUGGAAAAGCUGCACUUGGAGGACGUUCAAUGCCAAAACAUCACACUGUCUGUGAUGAGUUCGAUUUGCUGGUCCACCAGGAUUUACCUCACGCGGGUAUUUCAGAAGGAGAGUUUACAAAAUCACGAGUGAUAUAUUUGAAAGAAUGAAAUCACGGAGAAAUACAACAUGUUUCAGCGUUCAGUGAUGAAAAACAAGUGGGAGUUUGUAGCUCUGCUUCUUGAUCUACAACCGGGUCUCUUGAAAGUUGUUUGGAUAUUCUUCUAUUUGGCAACAACUCACAUGAUCAUGUCAUUGAUGGAAAAAAAGAUAAAUAUGCUAUUAAUGUUCUUAUUAAUUCUUAUCUUUGUGUUACUGAGUUUUUAAAAUUUCAUGUGUAUGGCAACGUUAUUAAAAGAAUCGAAAGAU